AUGAUAAAGCAAGGGAAGGUUAAAACCAAAGUAUUUUCAAUUUGGCUUGGAAGGUACUCCGACUCUGGAAAGAAAGGUGGCGACGAUGGUGGGGAGAUAACGUUUGGAGGUAUCAACACAAGGCACUUCACCGGGACACAUACUUAUGUUCCUGUUGAAGGGAACAAAAACCUAUUAAGUAUGUACAACAUUUUGGUGGGUAAAAAAGACACCAAAAUCUGCUCAACAGGAUGCAAAGCUAUUGUUGACUCGGGAACUUCAAACAUCCUUGGUCCACCGGAGUUGAUCGCAAAAAUCAAUCAGGGCAUCUUUGCAGCUAGAGGCUGUCUGGACCUCUCGAAGCUACCUGCGAUUACCUUCACAAUCGCUGGAAAGCUUUUCCCUCUCAAACCAAGUGAUACGAUUGGAAAUCUCAAGUGGAUGGAUUUGUUUGAAUCCAGAAAUCUAAAGGAGCUUCCUGAUCUUUCAACUGCCAUUAAUCUCCGAAAAUUGAAUAUUUGUAAAUGCUCUAGCCUUGAGAAGCUUCCCUUUUCUAUUGGAAAUAUGACUAAUCUCCACGAUUUAGAUCUCACCGAUUGCUCAAGCCUUAUGGAGCUCCCUUUUUCUAUUGGAAAUAUGACUAAUCUCGAGAAGUUGAAUUUAUAUGGAUGCUCAAGCCUUCUUCCUUUUUCUAUUGGAAAUAUGACUAAUCUCAAGAAGUUGAAUUUAUAUGGAUGCUCGAGCCUUGUGGAGCUCCCCUCUUCUAUUGGCAAUAUGAUUAAUCUCAGAAAUCUGGAUCUCGAAGGAUGCUUAAGCCUUGUGGAGCUCCCCUCUUCUAUUGGCAACAUGACUAAUCUCACCAAUCUGGAUCUGGAAGGAUGCUUAAGCCUUGUGGAGCUCCCCUCUUCUAUGGGAAAUAUGACUAAUGUCAGGAGUUUGUAUCUCACCGGAAGCGCAAGCUUUGUGGAGCUCACUUCUUCUAUUGGGAAUCUUCAUAAUUUGCAAUACUUGUGUUUGAAUGGUUGUUCAAAGCUAAAGGCCCUUCCUAACAACAUCAACAUUAAAUCUCUUGAUGAGCUUGAUCUCAGUGACUGCUCGUUAUUGAAAAGCUUUCCUGAGAUUUCCACAAACAUUAGAGUUUUAACGCUCAAUGGUACUGCAGUUGAAGAAGUUCAUCCAUCAAUCAGGUCAUGGUCUCGUCUUGAAAGGUUACAUAUGUCAUACAGUGAAGACCUAAUCUAUCUUCAAGUUUAUCUCCAACAUGCGUUUGACCUCAUCACGGAGCUUCACUUGAGCGACACACGAAUACAAGAAGUUGCUCCAUGGGUCAAGGAAAUGUCUUGUCUACAUAAACUUGUAACGAAGGGAUGCACAAAGCUGGUUUCGCUCCCACAGCUUCCAGAUUCAUUACAAAUCAUAGAUGCAGAAAACUGUGAGUCUCUAGAGAGACUAGAUUGUGUUUUCAAGGAAGGGAGACAAACCGUUGGUCAUCAACAAGAAUGCUCUUUCCUACAAGUUCCAAAUUCACCAGGGAUUUGA